CAGCAGCAGCAGCAGCAGCAGCAACAACAACUACAGCAGCCCCGGUCUUCCGUAAUGGCGGCCCCCGCGUCCUACAACCCCCUCGCCUCGCCUGAGGAGUUACCGAGUAACUUCAACAACCAGCCCCCUGCGAGAUCUGCUUCUUCCUGGACCCUGGGACCCACAGAGAGUGUAGCUGCUGCCCCCAGCGCUCUCGACAUGCAGGGUGGUGUGAUUUCACCCAAACCAACUAGUGAUGGCUCUCGUGGAUAA